AUGUCCGUGCUGAUUUUCGUGCUCUCCCUAUUCUCCGUGGCCUUCGCCAGUGACGACAGUUUGAACAGAACGGACUUGAAAUGCACGGGGCGCGCUCACCACAAUGUGUCCCUCACCGCAUAUUAUCCAGUAUUCGGGACGGACGACAAACGCAACCACUUGGACGAGCGAGGCGAGAGUUUGAACACUCUUCAGGAUUUCCUCGACGGCCGCAAUCGUUACGUCACCGUCGCCGGUAAUCUCAGAUCUGGUAUUCCCUAUGGGACCAAGGUGUGCAUAGAAGAACUGAAUAAACAUCUUGGCAGGCGGAUUCCGCUCGAGGUAAGGGACCAGGUUGAUUACGGGAGGGAUUAUCUGUCACCUGAUCUCUCGAGUUUGGAAAUUUGCGUCAGAACGGAGGAGGACACUUACGACACCUACGUCAACGGCCUCGUAACUGCCUACAUGUGAUUAUCAUCAACGGCUAUC